CAUCCCGCUCUACCAAGUGUUGUCUCUGGUGCUACUGAAGGGCCAUCAACAUCGUCUUCGUCACAUGUUUAUGAGGAGGAGCAAGUGGAAGACAACAUUGCGGCGUCCACACCACUUCCCAGCAGUGGUUCAACAGAAGCAGUGCCAUCAACUCCAUCACGACUUGAGGAGGAGCAAGUGGAAGCAUCCACACCACUUCCCAGCAGUGGUUCAACAGAAGUGCCAUCAACUCCAUCUCCACUUCAUGAGGAGGACAAAGAGGAAGAUGACAUUGACAUGGCAGAGACCACCCCACCAUCCAGAACUGGGGUACCUGUAGGUAUUGCAAGCACCACAUUAAGUGAUGACCCAGGAUGUUGGCCCAGUGUCCUAACAAGCAGUAUGCGCUGUGAAAUAGUCAAAAAAGGACCUGUGCAAAUCAUGGACAUUGAAUUCCCGCAAAACUUAGACAAUCCUCCUCGAAGAUUCACCAAGGACAGUUACAAAAGAACCAUGAAAAAUGGUGAGAAUAUACAUCGAUCGUGGCUGGUGUAUUCCAUCCACACAGAUGGAGUGUUCUGUUUCCCUUGUACUGUUUUCGGGAAGCGUGAGCGUGACAAUGCCUUAACGACCUGUGGCUACGGUGGAUGGAAGAACCUUUCCUAUCGCCUAAAAAAACACGAGUGCACAAAGGUGCACUGUGACAAUGUGAAAAAGUGGCACGACCUUCAGAGGAGACUGCAAACCAGUACACUGAUUGAUCAAAGACAGAUGGAGUUGAUGCAACUUGAAGUUGAACACUGGAAAGGCGUGAUUCGGAGAGUGAUUGCCAUAGUUUCCCAUCUGGCAGAACGCAACCAGGCUUUGAGAGGAACUACCAGUACCGUGUAUGAUCGCCACAAUGGGAAUUUUCUGGCUCAAGUGGAACUCCUAGCACAGUUUGAUCCGGUAAUGAAUGAACACAUCAGACGAAUACAAUGCAAAGAGACAAAGGUGCAUUACCUGAGUGGAGUCAUUCAGAACGAAAUCAUUCAGCUGGUCGGAGACAAAAUCCUACAGGAGAUUGCAAGAAGAGUGCACAAAGCAAAAUACUUCUCCGUGAUCAUGGAUUGCACUCCUGACAUCAGCCACAAGGAACAACUUUCUGUUGUUCUCAGGAUUGUCAACUGUGAAACACCUGUUUCUAUUGCUGAGCAUUUUUUGGGAUUUGUACAUGUUGAAGACACAACUGGUAAAGGGCUCAGUGAAAUCCUGCUUGACCAGUUGGAGAAGCACAACCUCAGCAUUUCAGAUUGCCGUGGGCAGUCAUACGACAAUGGCAGCAAUAUGAUGGGCCACAAACAGGGUGUGCAGGCAAGAAUUUUAGAGCUGAACAACAAGGCGCUAUGCAUCCCAUGCAGCAGUCACACACUAAAUCUGGUUGUGUCAGAUGCUGCCAAGUCUUCAGUGUUGUCCAUGUCUUUUUUUGGUAUGCUGCAACGACUGUACAACCUUUUCAGUUCCUCUGUGCACCGCUGGGCAAUUUUGAAGCAGCAUGUGAAGCAGCUCACCCUUAAGCCACUUUCAGGGACGAGAUGGGAGGCCCGAAUUGACAGUGUGAAGGUAGUGCGGUACCAUCUACCUGAAAUACUAGACGGACUGUCAGCACUGGAGACAUAUGCUACAGAGAAGGGGGACUCAGAGACCAUGUCCUCAGCAAAAAGCUUACAUGGUGAGCUUAAAACAUGGUCCUUUCUUCUGUGCACAAUAACCUGGUACAACGUUUUGUAUCAGGUUAACCAUAUGAGCAAGCUCCUCCAGAGCCCGGAUGUUUCAAUGCAAACACUGAAAAAAGAAACCGAGGGAGUGACAGAGUACCUAGAAGAUUUCAGGGAAAAUGGACUCGCAUCAAGCCAAACGGAUGCAAUGGAGAUUGCAGAAGAUCUGGAAAUUGAGAGGAAAUUGCCUGAGAAAAGGCAACGUAAAAAGAAAAGGCAGUUCCUUUACGAGAGUACAGAUGAAACCCAAUCGACCCCAGAAGAGGCCUUCAGAAGGGACUUCUUCCUGCCUUUGGUUGACACUGCCAUCACCAGCCUAAAAGACAGAUUUUCCAGACUGGAGGGGGUGUAUGCCCUGUACGACUUCCUGUUCAGCAUUGAUAUCAUGAGGGCCACAAUCAAGACUGGGAAAUUGCAUGAGAGAUGCAGGAAAGUGGAACAAACCCUCCAUGAUAUUGAUGCAGACGACUUGGCAUUGGAGAUCAACUCUGCUGUCCACACCUUUCCAGAUGAAGUAUCCAGGUGCCCAUUUAAAAUGCUGGACUACAUAUACAGUGAGAAGCUGUUGGACCUGUACAGCAAUUUAAGCAUUGCACUGCGCCUACUUCUGACCCUUCCUGUCUCGGUUGCCUCCGGAGAGAGGAGCUUUUCAUCUCUGAAGCGCAUAAAGAAUUACAUGAGGUCAACUAUGAGCCAAGAGAGGCUCUCUGGACUGGCACUCAUGUCAAUUGAGAGUGACGUCCGCAGGUCUUUGGACUUGGAGGGGAUUGUGUCUGCAUUUGCUGAGGCCAAGGGCCGCAAGCAGCAGUUUCAGUAGGAAAUAAAAAAAAUAAUAAAGGCUACUUUUCAGUGUAUGUUUGACCUCUUUUGUGAUUAAAACGCACAGAAUUGCGGAAAUUUUUUUUUUAAAGGCCCCCAACAACUUCUUUGCCUAGGGCCCCCAAAAUCCUAGA